GUUCAAUUCAACGCACUCCACCUCUCUUCGGCACUGGCCACGAUUCUCCCACAAUGCCCAUCUAUCUGAUAUCCAAAGCCGCCGACCCGGUGUUUGCCGUCUCGAUUGGCAUCGCCGCCGCCCUGUCCCGGGUUCGUCGUGAUCAGCGCGAAAAAUAUCCCGAGCGAGCUGCCGAGAUUGGCUACGGGCAAAUACUACAGACGGGAGGCCGAAGACUUCAACGAUGGUGGGCGGGAGAUUUCCAGGGGUUAUAAUGGGGUGGAUGGUGGUGCCAGUCGGUCGUACUGGUGGAAAGGCCAACAAUCAUUCUUUCUGCGUGGAGUACGAGGGAGUCGGGGUGUUUGAAUAUAUAUUUAAUGGAAUCGAACUCUACGGCGCGGAUAUUACCCUGCAACUCUAUUUAGGGGCGCAUUUGCAAUGUCGUGGGUGCACCGGUUUAAAAGCACAGUAAGCAUAGUGAUCACUACAAG